CAUAGUUAUAUGGGUGGCGGCCACCACUAAUUUAACCACCAUUGUUCCUUCCUGCCAUCUAUCACCACUCUUAAAAACCCUGCUUUGAGUACUGCUCUCCCUCCUCACCUUCUCCACUUUCCAAAAGUCCCCUACCACCAUUGCUCCAAUUCCUACAACUCUCCUCUAACCUCUAAUUAGAUAUAGAAACCACUCAUCAACCCCAAAUGAGUCCAUUCUUAUCUCCCUCAAACCCCAUUCUAUUCCUCUCCCUUCUUGCAGUCUUCUUCAUAGGGAUGAUGGAUUGCACCCGGUUCACAUUCGUGAACAACUGCGGCGACACGGUGUGGCCUGGGGUACUCUCCAAUUCCGGCAGCCCGAAGUUGGAUUCCACCGGCUUUGCCCUCGCCGCCGGCGAGUCCCGAGUCCUCCUGGCCCCCGCCGGCUGGUCCGGCCGCUUCUGGGCCCGCACCGGCUGCAACUUCGACAGCGCCGGCAGCGGCUCCUGCGCCACGGGCGACUGCGGGUCCGGCCAGGUGGAGUGCAACGGCGCCGGCGCCACCCCACCGGCGACCCUGGCGGAAUUCAGCCUUGGCGGCGCCGACGGGAAGGACUUCUACGACGUGAGCCUGGUGGACGGGUACAACCUGCCGGUGGUGGUGGUGGCCGGCAGCGGGUGCGCCGCCACCGGCUGCGCGGCGGAUCUCAACCGGCGGUGCCCGGAGGAGCUGAGGGUCGGCGACGGUGAGGGGGCGGCGUGCCGGAGCGCGUGCGGGGCGUUUGGGAGGCCGGAGUUCUGCUGCAGCGGGGAGUACGCCAGCCCCGCCACGUGCCAUCCGUCCGUGUAUUCGGAGGUGUUCAAGUCCGCGUGUCCCCGGUCGUACAGCUACGCGUACGACGACGCCAGCAGCAUCUUUACAUGCACCGCCGGCGACUUCUCCAUUACCUUCUGCCCCGGAUCAAGUCCUAGUCAGAAAUCAACAAAAGGUACUUCGCCGCAGACCACCGGACAAGUGUUCUCUUGGAUCGCAGACCUGGCCACCGGAGAAGCUCGCUCAGGGAGGAUGCCGGUACUACUACAGUCCUCGCUGAUUACUGGAACCAUUACUUGUCUCCUAUUCCUUUUCUAACUAAUGUGCAACAUCACAUUUGCUUGGGGGUAUAGACAAUGGUUCAUAUUGGUUAGGUUGGUUGAUGCAAUUCAAUUGACACCUAUCAUACUUGUAAUUUAACACUAUGGUAUGGUUUAGGGCUCUUAGAUUUGAUUUCAUGUAGUGAUGUUAGUUUAUAUUAUUGCAUUAAUAAUAUGGUUCGGUAUGCAUUACA